ACAAUUCUCAUCUUCAACCAUCAACAAGCCUUCUUUAGCUCUCUUCUUGAUUUUGAUUUCUUUCAAAGCUACUUGACUUGAAAGAAACUAAAAAAAGUUAUCCUUCAACUUAUUUGAUUAGUUCGAUAAUGGCCAUUCGCCAGAUGUUGAGACGGUCUUUAUCCAGCGAGAGAAGGUCUGCCGAAGUUCCGAAGGGGCAUCUUGCUGUCUACGUUGGAGAUAAUGAAAAGAAGCGGUUUGUUAUUCCAGUGGCGUAUUUGAACCACCCCUCGUUUCAAGAGUUGUUGUUUCAAGCUGAGGAAGAAUUCAGGUUCAAUCACCCGAUGGGCGGCCUCACCAUCCCUUGCAGUCAAGAAUUAUUUGUAGAUUUCAUCUCUUGCUUCAGUUCAAAAUGAUAUGUAGCAAUGGUGUUAGGACUAGAAUUUUGUAGAUCAGAAAAUGUAUGUAUCCAAUGGAAAUAUAUAAUAGUAGAUGAAUAUACAUGAAAA